GGGCGCCCCGGGAGGCCCGCUACCGCCCGCCGCUCCGCCGUGGCGCCCGGCCCAGCCCCGGACCGUCCGCGCUCCACCGGUGCCUUGGCCCCAACGGACCUUGCAGUGACCAUGACGUGGUCCUCCCCAGCCACCUUCUCCCUGUUCCUGUUGCUGCUGCUGCUGCUGGGCCAGGCCCCUCCUAGCAAUCCACAGUCAGUGGGCACCGUGAAGCUCCGGCUGGUGGGCCCAGGGAGCAGGCCGGAGGAGGGCCGCCUGGAGGUGCUGCACCAGGGCCAGUGGGGCACGGUGUGCGAUGAUGACUUCGGCCUCCAGGAGGCCACAGUGGCCUGCCGCCAGCUGGGUUUCGAGGCUGCCUUGACCUGGGCCCACAGCGCCAAGUAUGGCCAAGGGGAAGGACCCAUCUGGCUGGACAAUGUGCGUUGUGUGGGCACCGAGAGCUCCCUGGACCAGUGUGGCUCUAAUGGCUGGGGUGUGAGUGACUGCAGCCACUCGGAAGAUGUUGGGGUGGUGUGCCACCCCAAGCGUCAGCGUGGCUACUUUUCUGAGAAGGUCUCCAAUGCCCUCGGGCCCCAGGGCCGGCGGCUGGAGGAGGUACGGCUCAAGCCCAUCCUUGCCAGUGCCAAACGGCGCCUCCCAGUGACUGAGGGCGCCGUGGAGGUGAAGUACGAGGGCCACUGGCGGCAGGUGUGUGACCAGGGCUGGACCAUGAACAACAGCAGGGUGGUGUGCGGGAUGCUGGGCUUCCCCAGUGAGGUGCCUGUCAACAACCCCUACUACAGGAAAGUCUGGAAUUUGAAGCUGAAGGACCCCAAGUCCAGGCUGAAGGGCCUGACUAGUAAGAAUUCUUUCUGGAUCCAUCGAGUAAACUGUCUGGGGACAGAGCCUCACAUGGCCAACUGCCAGGUGCAGGUGGCUCCGGCGCAGGGCAAUCUGCGGCCAGCCUGCCCAGGAGGCAUGCACGCUGUGGUCAACUGUGUGGCAGGGCCCCGCUUCCGCCCCCCAAAGGCAAAGCCUCGGCGCAAGGAGUCCAGGGAGGAGGAGCUGAGGGUGCGCCUACGCUCCGGGGCCCAGGUGGGUGAGGGCCGGGUGGAAGUGCUCAUGAACCGCCAGUGGGGCACAGUCUGUGACCACAGGUGGGACCUCAUCUCCGCCAGCGUCGUGUGUCGUCAACUUGGGUUUGGCUCUGCUCGAGAGGCUCUCUUUGGGGCCCAGCUGGGCCAAGGGCUAGGGCCCAUCCAUCUGAGUGAGGUGCGCUGCAGGGGAUAUGAGCGCACCCUCAGUGACUGCCUUGCCCUGGAAGGCUCCCAGAAUGGUUGUCAACAUGACAAUGAUGCUGCUGUCAGGUGCAACGUCCCCGACAUGGGCUUCCAGAGUCAGGUGCGCUUGGCUGGUGGCCGUAGCCCUGAGGAGGGCAUAGUGGAGGUGCAGGUGGAGGUGAAUGGAGUCCAACGCUGGGGGACCGUGUGCAGUGACCACUGGGGACUCAAUGAAGCCAUGGUAGUCUGCCGACAGCUCGGCCUGGGUUUUGCCAACCAUGCCAUCAAGGACACCUGGUACUGGCAGGGGACACCGGGGGCCGGAGAAGUGGUGAUGAGUGGAGUGGGUUGCCUGGGCACCGAGCAAGCUCUGCAGCAGUGUCAGAGGCACGGGCCAGUGCACUGCUCCCACGGCACUGGGCGCUUCUCAGCAGGAGUCUCCUGUACCAGCAGUGCUCCAGACCUGGUGAUGAACGCCCAGCUAGUGCAGGAGACGGCCUACUUGGAAGACCGCCCGCUCAGCCUGCUGUACUGUGCCCACGAGGAGAACUGCCUUUCCCGGUCUGCUGACCACAUGGACUGGCCGUACGGACACCGACGCCUGCUGCGCUUCUCCUCACAGAUUUACAACUUGGGCCGGGCUGAUUUUCGUCCCAAAACCGGACGCCACAGCUGGAUUUGGCACCAGUGUCACAGGCACUACCACAGCAUCGAGGUCUUCACCCACUAUGAUCUGCUCACUCUCAAUGGCUCCAAGGUGGCUGAGGGGCACAAAGCCAGCUUCUGUCUAGAAGACACAAACUGUCCAGCAGGACUGCAGAGGCGCUAUGCAUGUGCCAACUUCGGAGAACAGGGAGUGACUGUAGGCUGCUGGGACACCUACCGGCAUGACAUCGACUGCCAGUGGGUGGACAUCACAGAUGUGGGCCCAGGGGACUAUAUCUUCCAGGUGGUUGUGAACCCCAAAUAUGAGGUGGCAGAGUCAGAUUUCUCCAACAACAUGAUGAGAUGUCGCUGCAAGUACGACGGGCACCGGGUUUGGCUGCACAACUGCCACACAGGAGAUUCAUACCGAGCCAAUGCAGAGCUCUCCCUGGAACAGGAACAGAGACUCAGGAACAACCUCAUCUGAAGCCAUCACUGCACACUCCUAGCUGCUGCCUACACACCAACACCAGAUACCUCAGCUUACUGGAGCCAUGCCCUUCACAGAGCCCUAAUUCAUAAUAAAUGGGGCCAGUGCCAAGGGGCAUCAAGUACCUGCUCAGGAAGCCUUUGGAUGGCAAGAUCACCAAACCAGGAUGGUACUGCUCCCUUUGGGUGGCUAUGGGCCUCUCCCCGUGGGGCCUGUGGCCUGUGGAGUAUGGUCUCCAUGCUUUAGUCAGCUGAGCUCCUCUUCCACAAGGAGAUCCAAUUUUUCCUGGAUCUUGCUAGAGUUCUGGAUUCAGGACCAGUCCCCCAUCUAAGCAGUGCUUUGCGAAUGUCUUGGAGCAGAGGACAGAGGACUCACACAGGAGAUGGGGUUAGCUCACUGCUAGGGACUCAAAGCAACACACAGUCUCAGAGGCACAA